ACACCAGCCGUGCCGCUCGCUCGCUCACUCGCUAGCUCGUUGUCUUGUAUUUUCUUCUUGUUUAUAUUUUAAUUUUUCAUGAAAAAUAACGGAAAAUGCUGUGUAACUGUAAAUAUUUGUGUCGGUUACGACUAUAAUUUCUAAUAUAUGUCUAAAUGUGUUUGCAUAAUCUUCUGUUGAUAAGGUGUAUAUCAUGUGUGGCAAAUGUAUUAAGACAAGAAUGAAACAUACUUUUGUCUUGUAGAACAGUAAAAGAGCGGUAAAUCAAAAUGGAGCAUUCAGAUUUAGUUGCCGAGAUGGCUCAAGUGGAGCACUUGACCACUCAGGAGAGACUUCAUCUGGCACGAAGGCGUCGUAUGCAACAGUUGAAGCUAUGGCAGCAGAGAGAGAAGGAGUGGGCGCGCUCGCGGGGCAAGCGAGAGAAGAGCAACAAGCGCAACAUCUUCUUCAACGACAGCGUCAUGCUGUUGGAGGCUGCGGCGAGGAACGAUAUCGAAGAAGUGCGGCGUCUCCUCGCGCGCGGGGUGACGCCGGACGCAACGAACGAGGAUGGGUUAACGGCGCUGCACCAGUGUUGCAUCGAUAACAACGAGGCCAUGAUGCGGCUGCUGUUAGACAACGGCGCCAACGUUAAUGCAGAAGACAGCGAGAAGUGGACGCCCCUGCACGCCGCCGCCACCUGCGGGAACCUCAACCUGGUCCGAAUACUCAUCCAGCGAGGCGCAAACCUUUUGGCCGUCAACGGUGACGGCAACAUGCCAUACGACAUCUGCGAGGAAGAGAGAACGCUAGACGCGAUCGAGAGCGAGAUGGCUGCGAGGGGCGUCACCCAGAGACUGAUAGACGAGACGCGCGCCGCCACCGAAAUGAGGAUGCUGAUGGAUGUUGCGGAGCUGGUCAAGGAAGGGAUGGACUUGGACGAGCCGAGGGAUAACCAGGGUGCUACUUUGCUGCAUAUAGCCUCGGCGAAUGGCUACACCAAAGUGGUGGAGUUCCUGCUAGAGCACCGGGCGUCUACUGACGUGGUAGACCACGACGUUUGGCAGCCAGUUCACGCGGCGGCUUGCUGGGGACAUUUAGAGGUAUUAGAGUUGCUUGUGCAGUACGGCGCUGAUCUCAACGUGCGGAAUAAACACGACGAAACGCCUGCAGAUAUCUGCGAGGAGGGCGAGAUGCGCGCGCGCAUCGUGCGGCUAGCGGCAGAACAAGAGGAGCGGCGACGACGCGCGCUGCACGCGGCCGGCGAGCGCGCCACCACCGCGCGCCGCUCCUCCUCCACGGCCAGCGCCUCAAGUCUGACUUCUGAAGUUCCUCUUGCUCUUGUACCUGACGUCGGACUACGGCGACGCGCGCUGCACGCGGCCGGCGAGCGCGCCACCACCGCGCGCCGCUCCUCCUCCACGGCCAGCGCGUCAAGAAGUGUUAGUGUAUUGUUUUUUCAAAGGAUUCUCAUGUGGCUCAGUGAUGAUGAAGUGGACUGUGCUAUGACCUCUCAAACAAUGUCUUUGGAUAUUAUGUUUUUGACACACGACAACUUGCGGCGUCUACGCAAAGAGCCGCAAGUGUUAGGCCUCCGAUACAGGGGCCUAUCAAAUGGCAUGGAAAAUGACCAGAACACGGCAAACCAAAUGCAGCCUAAUGAUUUGACGCAUAAACGUCUAUCUACCAGCUCCACGACGUCAAACCAGAGUUACGACUCCAACGUCGAAUAUGCCGUGCCCAAGCACUCGUACAAUCAACGCGCAAGGAACAGCGACGUUGAUGGAAACGACCUGCCCUACCCACCUAAGAUAUCAAAUCCCUUAUUCGGGGUUAACGCCGCCUCACACUACGCGCCUGGUUCCCACGCGGCGCCAGAACACGAGACCAAACACUACGAGAAAAGCUUACCCAACGGAGUCAGAAAAGCCCCAGAAGGCCAAGACAAUGACGCCUUCAAAUCCGAGGACUCCCUAGACGGUAGGAAAGAGGUGAUAGUGAGCCCCAACCAAAUCGCAAUCACAGAGGGCGGCACCGCGACCUACACCACAGACAAUAAUGGUAAAAUCAAUGUUCAUGUCACCGUCAUGAUUAACGCAGGCACUCUCGCGGAUUUGAAGAAGCAGCGCGCUCAAAUUAGAACAAACGGUAGUCCGGUGGAGAACAGUUUGAACUCGACGAACAACCACAGCAUCAAUUCAAUACCUGAGGUGACGAAGGACAUGCCGGUGCAACUCAACCCGCUCACUCUGUCCCCGAGUUCCGGAACUGUCCCACGAUUCUCCGGGAAUACGAGUGACGUAGUCGGGGACACCAGAUCGCACAGGUGCUGUAUUAUAAUGUAGAUUUACAUCGGUAUUAUGGUAUCGGUAGACGCGCCCCUAGUGCACAAAAUAGAGGGGCGCGUACGAACAAAGAGAGAUUGAUUCGCGUACAAGUCUGAUUGUCAUUCCAAAAAGAUAUAUUUAUGCCGGUUAGGUUCGUACAAUGUGCUGAUUGUACUGUGAAUUGUAUUUAGCGGGUUAAGUGAUGGUAUGUUAAUAGUUCCGAUUGGCCCCUCGAAAGCGAGGAAGUUAUUGUUACGUUGAUUAUUGCCGAUGGAUAAUUGCCAUUUUUGCUCAGCAACGUCAGGGCUUGCCAAUGUGCUAGUAACAGUGUGAUAAGUGUUGAUCAGCUCAACGGUUUUUAUCUAGGGGUAAGGAAAUAUUAAAUGGUUGCUAAUAUUUUACAUAGUUAUAGAAUUGAAUCCUAUAUAAUUAUAUAAAUUUAUUGUCUUAUUGUAGUAGUGUAUUUAAGUAUUUUCCUACUGUAGAUUUCGCCUUACCUAUUAUUGUAUCUUAUACAUUCCAUUUUUAUGUAUAUAACUAUGUUGUAUGUCAAGGUUAUUGUGAUUCCAGCAUUAUAUCAGUAUAAUUGAAGUUGAUCAGUAUUUCAAUGGUAUGAAAAGCAUAAUAAUUAAUUAGAUACGAUCAGUAUAAAUAAACAAUCACAAACGAUCGAAUAUAAAGCAAUUGUUCGAAAGUGCCUCACCGGAUGGAUUGUUGCAAAUAUAUUUUAAUGAAAAUAGCAUAAUUGAAUACUUAAAUGCGAGUUAUUUAAUAUUUAAAUAAUAAGUGAUUAAUGUGUAAUUUAUUUUAAUCAAAAUAAUAUAUUCGUUGCAUAAAUUCCUUGAACACUGCUAGGUAUUAUUUGAAUUUGGGGUGAUAUUUUAAUAAAAGUAAACGUGACUGCGAUAAAUGCCUUAUUUAGACACAUUCGUUAUUUUGUUGUACUCGGACCACGCGACGGCAAUAAACAAAACAUUAGUAUUUUACAAUUUCUAUGUUAAUAGUACACAAAAAUAGUUCUUAAAUCUAUCAAUCAAAUAUUUCCCAAGUGAA